AUGACAAGCCAUCAUGAGUGGUGGUAUCUUUUAACCCAAGCGUGUUGUGAAGUUAUUCAGAAUAAGCUCAGUUUGGAUUUUGUUUCCCACCUAGAUUGUGCUUGCUUACCUUCUAUUGUCAAAGUUACACGGCACAACCACCCGCUCAACCUCACCUACUCUCUUUCUACUAAUCGAUCCGGUCGUAAAGUUUGCAAGCUAUGUGUUAGCAGAGUGGACAUGGACUAUGGGGUCUAUUAUUGCCCGAGUUGUGAUUUUGUUGCCCACCUUCAUUGUGCUACAAGCAAGGAAGAUAGAGAUGAAACAUUUGUUCCGAAGUCUAAAGAUGAAGAAUCUAUUGAGUCAUCGUCAAGUAUUGAAGAUCUUGGACUUGAUGAAUCCAUUGACUCGUUAGCAUUUGUUGUUAAAAAGAUUAAAUUGGGAGUUGAGGGAAGUGAAAUAGCGGAAGAAAUCAAACAUUUCAGUCAUGAGCAUGACUUAAAGCUCACUGACAAGGUUGGGAUCAACAAAAAAUGUAAUGCAUGUAUGCGGUCUAUCUUUCCUCCAUUUUAUAUUUGUGCUCAAUGUGGAUUCUUUCUUCACAAAGCUUGUGUUGAAUUACCAAGAAAAAUUCGACAUCCACUUCACCAACACCCUCUCAUCCUCCGCCCAAAAGAAACCAUUCAUGGUUUUUAUACACCAUUACACAUGCUAGUCACGAACAUCAACUUAUUCUUUCUAGAUCAUCGGAUGCUAAAAAGUGCAGUUGUUGUGAUUCGGACCAAGGAUUCAAAUUCUGUUGUGCUGAUUGUGAAUUCGCUUUGGACUUCAAAUGUUUAA